AUACUUACACUAUUAGACAACAAUGCUUUAACUUGCGCAAGCAACGGCGACAAAAUGCCACCGCCCCUAUCUCUUACUCUUAGCGUGUUUUAGCUGUUUGUAGUAGUUACAUUACAUAGGAAGUUUUUGUGAAUAUCCAGCGAGGUAACAGACCCCGGCUUUAGCGAGGCCUUGAAGAAGGGGUGGUUUUCGCAGCCCAAGUAUCAUGGGCUGCUUCUCUUCUAAGGAGGCAGUCUAUGAGGCAAAGCAUGGUCAAGCAGCGAAGACCGGGCGUGAGCAGGGCUCGGCGAGCGGGCCCAACCCUCCAGCAUACCUCCUGGAAGCGGGGCCGCAGAGCAUCCUGCUUGGGGCAAACGCCGGCAUCUUGACGCCAUCUAGCGUAACCAACCAGAACAAGUAUGCAAUCCCAAAUUCGGGCCCCCGCAACGCGGCGGGUCAAGGACCCACUGGCUCUUUCAUCGCGCUGGGCGCUGGUGGUGGCUCGAUUACAGGAAUAAACCGCAGAACACCAGUCGGCUUGAAGUCCGGCGCUCACGUCUCGGCCGACCUGAACGCCAUCGUCGACGACCAGGGCACCAUCAAUGCCCUUGUGAGCCGCCAGCUCUCGGUCAUGAGCCAUUAUAGCGUGAAAAGUGAGGCUGGAAGCGUUAUUCUGCAACCGGAGGUGGCGCAUGGGCCGAACGCGCUCGGGUUCACUUUGCACAAGCUCAUCGGUCGCGGGGGCUUCGGCAACGUGUAUCUGGGCGAGUGGGAGGGGCGCAAGGUGGCCGUCAAGGUGGUCACCGGGAACAACAACGAGACCGCAUCGGACCAGCCGGAGGACAAAGAGUGGGAGGCGCGCAAGGAGAAGAUGGCGCAGAUGGAGGCUAUCCUGAUGGCAUCCGUGAACCAUCCCAACAUUGUGCACACGCUCAAGGUCAUUGCGCACCAGGGCGACGCCAUGGACCCAGAGCUAGCGGCCAUCGAACGGGAGUUGUUCACGGAGAAGGAGGAUCAACAUCCGCCAUCCUUCGAGUGGCACAUUAUCAUGGAGUACUGCGACCGCGGCUCCUUGUCGCGUGCGCUGGCAGCCAUGCGCUUCCACGAGUUCGUGGAGACGCAGGGGUACGUGCGGUGGGACGCGUGGGCGUGCCUGCAGACGCUCAAGGAGGUGACGAAGGCGCUCAUGUUCCUGCAUGAGAACCGCAUCCUGCACGGGGACCUCAAGGCUGCCAACGUGCUCCUCAGCAGCAGCGAAACGGACCGCCGCGGGUUCGUCGCCAAGGUGUCGGACUUCGGUCUGAGUCGCGUGCUGGCGGGCAACCGGAAGGAGAUUAAAACGCAGACGUUCGGCACGGUGACCCACAUGCCGCCGGAGCUGCUGUCCAAGGGCAUCCUCAGCCCGUCAGCAGACGUGUACGCCAUGGGCGUCCUGCUGUGGGAGGCGUACUCGGGCGACCGCGUGUUCAAGCAGCUCAGUGACAGCGAGGUCAUCCUGGCUGUGGUCACGCGCAAGGCGCGGCCGCAGUUCCCGCCUGACACGCCGCACAGGCUCAAGUACCUGGCUGAGCGAUGCUGGGCGGAGCUGGCGGAGGUGCGGCCCUCGCUGCAGCAGCUGUACAACGAACUGGAGAACCUGCAGCUCCAGCUGUGCCCCCAGGGCGCCGACUCGCCGCGGCUGCUGGUGCAGAGCUGCAUCAAGCAGAAGCGGCCCGUGGCGCAGGUGCCGCAAGUGCAGAUGGGGGCCAAGGCGCCGGGCCAGCAGAGCCGCCUGGCGCAGGGCAUGAGCACGGACGGCUCCGCGAAGGGCGGCGCGGCCGGCGCGGCAGCCACCAAGACAGGCCCGCUGCCCACUCAAGGGCGCGAGUACAACAGCGGCGGCGGGCAUUACGUGGGCUCGCCCCUGGGCGGCGGCAGCGGCAUGGGCAGCCACGGCCCGUCGCAGGCCGACAAGCUUAAAACAUUUGCGGCGAUCAACCGCACGCAGCAGAACGCGAAGAAGAGCAGCGAGUACGGCAUGGGCCCCGCCAGCGGCGGCAUGAAUGGCAGCGGUGGCAGCGUGACACAGCAGCGGUCGCAGGCUGCGGCGGGGCCGUCCGGGCCGCGCCCGCUCAUGAAGGUGCCCUCCCUGCAGAAGGCGCGCGAGCCCGAGCUCAGCGUCUCCCACUCGGCGGCCUCCUCGCCCAACCUCAUAUCGCCCUACAAGGGCGCCGUCUCGCCGCAGUCGCCUACGGGUGCCCCGGCAUCGCAUGCCACCGGCACGGCCGCCGCCGGCUACCCGCCGGCCGCCGCCAACCGCGCCGUUGGUUCCGCCACCGCUGGCGGCUACUCUUCUCCUCCCCAGGCUGGCUCCUCCACCGGCUCCCUGCCCGCUCUCCAGGUCAACGGCAGCGCCUCCGGCCCCACGCCCGGGGCCCCUGCCAGCCCGCAGUCGCCCACGGGGGCCGCCGCAGACAACUCGCUUCCGGUGGUGCCCUCCGACUUCCUGGGGCGCGCGCGCACCGCCUCCGCCACCGGCAUCAGCCGGCCGUCGCGGUUUGGAAACGAGGACAGCGGCCGCGUGGCGGGCCGGCAGGCGUCCACUGGCAACGUGGGAGGUAACGCGGUCGGGUCGCCGUGAGCGGCUAGACGUGCACAUCUUUACAGUGCAAGUGAUCUGGGUUUGCGGAUCGUGGCAGCACUGCAGUGAUCGUGGGUGGUCUGCGGCAGCAGUACUAAUCUUCGGUUAGGCGUAUUAAGGCUGUGCAUGCGCAUGUGCCUGCGCCUUGCGGGCGAUGUGUGCUCGAGACGUUUUCGCGUGAUCUGAGCAGACCAGCGGUCUUACAGUAAUGGCGUGUGCUGGCGAGCACAGAUAGCAUGGCUGGCACGGCAGGAGUGGGCUUUUUGGGGUCCAGUACAGCUAGUAACAAUGAUCGGGUUACGUUCAACCAGUCGUGAUUUUUUGGAAUGUCGUUCACUGGUGCGUGCGGGUGACCGUAGUACAUCAAUCAAGCUCAGGGCGGGCGAUGCCGCAGGUUUAGAGGCGUUUUGACCAGACGUGCGUGCGCUUAACAACGUGCGACAAUAGCUGUGUUCGUUCGAUUGCAGCUGGGCAGGCAGACUCGCCGGCGGGCGCACUUACAUGCUGGUGCUUUGCAGUUUGGAUGGAUUGCGGCUGUGCGUGCGGAGCAUUUACGGUGCAGUGCGAGGGUGGCUCAAAGCGCGUUUGUCGUUUAGGGGGCGAUAGGUAGGCGGGGUGAUGGCGUGUUUUUGGCUGUUGUUGGUUGCGCACGAAACUGAUCGUAUGGGGAGGGUCACCACUCACCAAACCUGCAAACGACACGCGCGAGCCCGCGUUCCUCACGCUGUGCGUGUGCACUUGACAUGGCACAUGCAGCGGCGGGCUUGGAGACGGAACAGAGCGCUGGCAUAUGCCUGCAAACAAUUUGCCAUUGCGCCCAACAUGGCAUGAGGUGCCAUGAGGUGUGUGCUACGGUAUUAGGGCGUGAGCCGGAGGAGGUACGCGCACGGUCAGUAGGUAUAGUAACGAAGUCGCGGAGCUGUGGUUAUUGUGUUGGAGAGGCGGAAAGGUGCGACGUGACAGUGCAAGGCGAUAUCGAUCGUAUAUACGGCAGAGAGAGAGGACAGCGCAGCGGGCGUCAUGCACAUGUGUCAGACAUCGUGAACCUGUAGUCCU